AUGGCGCCGAAGACUGUGUGGGGGUAUUUCUUCAUCGAUUAUAUCCCAGAACCAUUACAGGUUUCAGACAAACAGAGAGUCGUGGAACUGAAAGGGGAGGUGGCACGCCUCUUCGAGGACUGCAACUGCAAGGAUGUCGUGGAGAGAAUGAACCUAGUUGAUGUGGUCCAGCGUCUGGGAAUAGAUCACCAUUUCAAGGAACAGAUAGACACGGCCUUGAAGAACAUUCAAGGAGCUGAGUUCAAUAGCUCGGAUCUCCAUGAGGUCUCCCUCCGUUUUCGCCUGCUAAGGCAGCACGGGCUUUGGGUUCCAGCAGAUCAAUUCGACAAGUUCAGACGACAGGAAGACGGGAGCUUCAGCAGCGACAUAGCUGACGACCCAAAGGGCUUGUUAGGCCUAUACAACGCAGCUAGCCUUUUGAUCCACGGCGAGGAGGUGCUCGAAGAAGCGCUCCUGUUUGCGAGGCGGCACCUGGAAUCGAUACGACGGGGUGGUGGCCUCCACGACUCCCCUUAUUUGUCGGAACAAGUCGGGCGCUCCCUUAAGAUCCCACUGCCAAGGACCCUCAAGAGGCUGGAAGCAGUGUCCUAUAUCCCGGAAUACAGCAGUGCCGACGACACAACGUACAUCCACCCUGAGAUACUGGAGCUCGCCAGGCUAGAUUUUAACCUCCUGCAGCAUGUUCACCAGAAUGAGCUGAGGACAGUUACUCAGUGGUGGAAGGGUCUUUGUGAUGUCAUUGGGCCAGACUACGGGAGGGAUCGGAUUGUUGAGUGCUACUUCUGGGCUUUCAGUAUGUACUACGAGGAAGAGCAUGCACGGGCACGGAUGAUCCUUGCCAGGUUGAUCAUGCUAGCAUCUUUGUUAGAUGACACUUUCGAUGAUCGUGCUACUUUGCAGGAGUGUCGGGAGCUCAACAAGGCUAUAGAAAGAUGGGAUGAGAGUGAUGAUAUUUCUCUUCUACCUGAGUGCAUACAGAAGUUCUUCCUGGAGGUGAUAAGGAACUUCGCAGAGUUUGAGGAUGAGCUGGAAGCGCACGAGAAGUACCGCGUUGCUUACGCUAGGAAAGCGUACCAGCUCCUAUCCAAAAGCUAUCUCCAAGAGGUGGAAUGGUGCCACCAGGGCUACACACCAAGCUUCGAUGACCAUGUCAGCGUGUCCACUGCGUCGGCAGGUAUUCAGGUGCUGUGUGUUGGGAUGCUUGUGGGCAUGGGCGAUGCCGCCACCAAGGAGGUAUUCGAGUGGAUGAUUGGUAGCAAUAACCGUGUCGUACGAGCGUGUGCAGAGGUGACACGAUUCAUGGACGACAUGGCAGAUUUCAAGAGAGGAAAGAACAAAACCGAUGUCGCCACCACCGUGGAGUGCUACAUGAAGGAGCAGAAUGUCACGGGCGAGGUCGCCUUUGACAAGAUUGGGUCCUUUGUUGAGGACGCAUGGAAGACACUAAACCAAGCAGCGCUCGUUGGGGACCGUGCUCUGCUUCCGGUUGUGCAACGAGUCGCCGGCCUCGCGAUGAGCAUGAUGGUGUUUUUCCACGGCAAGAUUGACCGUUAUACGGACAGCGAGCAUCUCAAGGAAACGCUGGAAGACCUGUUCGUCAACCAUGUUCCCCUCUGCUAG